CACUCCUCACACACACACACACACACACACACACACACACACACACAUACUCACACACAUAUUCAGAUGAACUGGAUCAUGAGGCUCUUAAACACACGCCCACAACAGCAGCAUCACUGUGCUGCACCACAGAGAGAGAGACCAGCACAUACUCCCAUCUCUCACUCUUUCACUCUCUGUCUGUCUCAUUCUGUCUCAUACACAAACACACACACAUAGACAGACACGUGCUGCAGGGGAGAUCUGAGUGCUGGGUCGCUGAGCAUUCAGGUCCUCCCCCCUCCCCUUCUUCUUCUUUCUCCCUCUCACUCUCUCACUCUCACUCCCUCUCCCUGUUCACCUUGUCUGUUCCGGCUGUAUGGUUUAUUGUUGCGUCAGAGCCAAAGACAGCCAGCGAGAAGCAUGCCGGGGGAGAGCACGCACAGAUCUGUCCCCACCGACAAGCAUCCAGAGCAGGGAGCUGAGGAGACAGGGCUCCCUGGACCAGACAUGACCAGACAUCCAUCUACUGACUCCACCCCUAGUGACAGUGGCUCUUCCCCUAGUGACAGUGGUUCCAGCCCUUCUCCUAGUACUCCUCAGAAGCUACUCCCAGCAUGCACCUCUCCAUUUGGACCACGAAUAUUUCAUGCAAUACCUAGCUCCUCUGGUACUCCAAGACCUCAACCUGAAGGCUCUGACCAUCGCAACAACACACCCAGAUUGUCUGGAAAGUUAGGUGGUCAUGGACCAUGUGGCCGCCAUGUCCCUGUUAAAAUGGAGAGAAUCAAGGUCCUGACUGGUUCUGAGGUGGAAAGUGACUAUCAAGAGCCACAGACCAUCGACACAAGGGUGGUGAUGGGUCAGGAGACACUGCUGAAAACGACAGAAAUCCAGAAAGAGAAAAAACUGGUUGAGCCAAGUGGUCAGGCUAUCCCUUUGCCAGCUAUCACAAGCUUUUCAGAUUCCCAGUCACAAGCAAAAGAGACCCUCCUGGAAACCAGCAAAGAGGAAAACCAGGUCCAAGGCCCUCAAAAACAACAGGAGCAGCAAAAAGACCCUGUGCAGCCAUCAACCACACUCCCUUCCCCUUUUCACAAUCCCGCUUCCUCCCCCUCUCCAGAGCCAGUCACAACAGUUGACAACUUGAUAGACAACCAGGAAGAGGGUCAAACCCUUUCUCAAGAUGAAGUGCCUUCCCUCUCUUUUUCUGAGCUGGCCUGUCCAGUUGCUUUGUCCUUUUCUGAGCCUGCCUAUGCUGUUGACCCACUACGAGUGGGUGUACCCUCAUCUCUUGACCCUGACCUGUACUAUACUGCCCCUUCCACCCCAAUCAAGAUGGCUUCCCGCUCUUCGCACCUUAAACAUCAUUCAUAUCCUGGCUCUCCAGCCUGUCCACUCUCCCCUGGCUCACCCUCAGACAGUGAGGACCUCUGUUCCCCUCUCACCUCUCCCUCUGGUUCUUAUAUCACAGCAGAGGGAGGCAGCUGGACCUCCUCUUACACGUCUUCCACUUCCCCCUCCACUUCUCCCAACCUGCUCCUCACAGAGGAAGCACAGGAGGCCCCUGCUUGCUUUGUGGGCUCCUUAUCAGAGAUUGGAGAUGAAGUUGGGGAGGAAAAAGGACGAGCUGGUCCAGAACGGGAGGAGGAAAGGGCGAGGGACUUCUGCUUAUACCGUCCUGAGGAUUUUGUCAUGAAUUCACGAAUAGGUAUAACAGGAACAGUGAUCCUUGAAGAGGAAGAAGCUCUAAAAGGGGAAGAGAUCAAGAUUUCCAGAGAAAGUUGUCGUCCGUGCUGGGUGACUGAGGAUAAUUCCCCUCUUAGGAGCAGUAGCAGCCGUAGCAGUGACUCCCAGGAGGAUGGGGAAGAGUCUGAAAGCUCACUCUGCCCAAUGGAAGAGUCCAAUGCAGGAACAGCUGAGUACUCUAGAUCCAUGCAGACAGGCCUGAAACUGCAACUGGAGGCAUGUAUGCCAGAUGAACAUUAUGAUCAGAUGGAUGAUCACUCAGAACUACCCUCCACUGUCUUGACUCCUGAUACAGAGAACAUGACCAUGGCCUCAUCUAGUCUUAGCCCUGAUUCACCUGUCAUCCCACUGGAUGCCUUCUGUCCUGGAGCCUUUGGUAGGCUCGGCCCAAGUUCGUUCAUGCUCUCCCAGGCAGCCUGUGCUGAUGAUAUACCAGAGGAGGAAAGAAUGAUCCCUGCCUCCCUCAUCUCCUUUCCCCUUCACACUAGCUUUGUCUUUAAGGCUGAUUCAAUGGAAAUCACCCUCUUUCCCACAGAGGAAGAGAAUGAAAUAGGAGAAGUUAAUGACAUAAAUGAAGGAAAAGAUGUUAAUGCAUAUGCAGCAGGAGAGGAGGAGGCUGAUGUUGAAGAUGAUGAUGAUGAAGAUGAAGAUGAAGAUGAUGAUUAUGACUAUGAUGAUGAUGGUGAUGGGGAUGGGGAUGGUGAUGGCAAUGCUAAUGGUGCUGCUGAUGGUGAUGACAUUGAUGAAAAUAAUGUAGAUGACAGUGAUGAGAAUGAUGAGACAGGUGAGGAAGCUAAGGUAGAGGUGAAAGUGGUAGAAGAGGAGGAACAGGAAGAAGGAGAGCAUGAAGAAGAUAAGAAGGAGUGUGAUAGCAAAGCAGUGGAGGAUCCUGAAGAUGAGGACAGCUCAGCAUCAUUCCUUCAUUCACUUUCAGAGACAUCUAUCAAUGAGGGGUUGGACGAAUCCUUCUGUUUCCAAGACGAUACUGAUGACUCAUUGGAUUCUGCCUCCUAUAAUGGGGAGGAAGAUGAACGUCUAUACAGCACUGAGAGGCAUGCACAAUCACUAGAACCCACACCAAUGGAUGCACUUGAUCCGGCUGAAAUCCAACCAGAACCUGAACAGGGGUCUACCAUUGAAACAUGUCAAAGUGAACCUUUGCACACACAACUGAGCACAGAAAAACUUGUAGAUCACCCCAAAACCACCUGUCUUUCUCAAGCCAUUGCUGCCCACCCCGAAGGCAACAUGAUAGAACCCAAACCUGUGGAUGAAUCUAAACACCCUAAACCACAGUUAGAUCCUGAACUGGAAUCUACCAGUGAAAUGGGUGAGACAAAACCUUUGCAUGUGCACGUGAGCACAGACAAACCUGUAGAUCACCAGAAGCCGCUCGAUCACUCAGAAGCAUUUUCUUGUCAACCAGAAUCCUCCAGCAUCCUGGACAAGAGUGGGAUUGAGAGUGAGAUGAUUGAUAUCUCUGGUUCUUCCAACCCCCUUGAGCAACCUAAAGACAGCCCUAAUUUGAACCCUCCCACCACUCCUGUUGUCAUUCAUGCUCCACGUGACCCUGCUGCUGAGGUCCACAUCUCUCCCCCUUCAGCUAGUUCCUCACAGGAGAUGACAGACCCUUACAGUUCAGUUCUUCCGGAUGAAUUGGCUGACGAAAAUCCACAGAUGACAGAUACUGAUUUGAAACAGAGCAAUGAUUAUUCAGGGGAGGAACCCCCAGAAGAAGAACCAGAAAGAGAUUCUUUCAAAUUGCUCAUCAAACCUCGUCAUUAUCAGCCAGAAAGUCACAGGACUGUAGGAGCAAGUAGACUUGUACUGUCAAAGUCAUUCUCCAAUAAAUCUGAUGUGCCUGGUGGGGCAGAGGCCAUGUGUAGGUCCAGUUUUCAGAGGGAGUCUGACAUUGAGCUUGACCAGAAGAAUGGGAAUGCCUCAGAGUCUAUGAGUGUGGAGAGUAGAAGCAUUGAUCCUGGUCCAUCUCUGAAUCUGGCCACUGCCACCAAUGAUUUGAAUAAAGGUGUUCUUCUUCUCUCCUGCCCUAAAGACCCUAGUCCUAACCUCAGCAAUAUCCCUGUUUCUGCCUCUCCAGAGAUCAUCUCAGAACUUGCUGACAAUCUGACCCUGACCCCUGAACACUGCCCCGGUGACUCUGCUCAGGAGAACCUGAGGGAAAACACCCUCAGUACUGAAGAAGGGGUUCUGGGAGCUGUAGGAUCUCCACACUCCCCCCUUGCCAUAUCACCCAAACGGGAAAACUCAGAAACUGACACAAGCAGGGAGAUGGGCCCUAGAGUUGGAGCAUGGUGUGAUGACAGGAUGGGGCUGGGGUUUGGUCUAGGAUUAGGAUCAGGGGCUGAGUUUGGGGUCUGGGGAGCAGGGGAGUCUCUCUCCUUGUCUCUGGGGAAGAGGUAUGAGUUAGAGGCUGAGAGUCUACUCAUGUGUGAUGCAGAGGGCCAAAGCACACAGACGGCCAUGGGCCCCAACAUGAGCAGUGAAGAGUGCAAAAAUGAUGACAAUGUUCUAAGUUCUGUAUUAGAUGAGGAAGAUAACAACAGUCUGUAUGAAAAGAGGGAUCAGAUGGCUGAUGAAGAAUUGGUAGGAGAGGGAGCUUCUGAUUCCAACUUGGUCCAUUGGAAGUCCAUUGAGGAGAUAUCAGAAGCAGGGGGAGGAGAGGAUGGAAGCUCCAGAUUCCCAGAGGAUGAUGUAAGUAAUCUGAAUCCAGACAAUGACGGAGAUAACACAGACACACAAAUACAAGACACUUGGAGGAAUUCUAACAAUAACAAUGACUCUGCUUUUGACUCCUUGGAAGUAGCCAUGUGUGGAAGUCUGAAUGCUCUAUCAGAGGAAGUGAGACCCCAGAGUGUGAAUGUAAGUGUCAGAGAGUCUGUUUCCAAUAUUCCACUUGAAGAGUUGCCACCUCAGGUUUCGGACACAAUUCCUGAUGAAGACCGAGAACCAACAGACAGCUCCAUAAACCAGACAUCAGACACAACACAGGCCCCAUCCUCAAAAGAAGCUAUCUGUCGCAUCUCAGCACCAUUAGUUGACACUCCUGUGGACAAAAAUGUAACAGACCAACAUCUCAGUUCACCAGAUAAAACCAAAUCAAUAUGUCAUACUAGUCCAGAGUGUCAGAUAAUCACUCCAGAGAGUAAUACAGCAUUUUCUUUGCUACACGGAUCCUUUGGUUCCUUUACUCCAAAAUGUAAAUCUAAUGAAUUCAGACCAAGCAGAGCUUGUCAAGAGAAGAUGGAAAAUACCGGUUCCCAGUCAGAGCUGCUGGAGCCUCAGACUGAAGGCCAAAGAAAAGGUGAUGUCAGUCCUGUGACUGACAGACUUGUUGAUGAACCAAAGACUAAAGAUGCCUUUAGAGGACAGAAGAGUGUUGUUUGUAACUCAGGGGAGGAAGAUGAGGAAGACAAAUCAGAAGAGAAAGCAAAUGAGAAAGUUAAGAAGAACAAAAAGGAAAGGAAAACCUCUCCUGCACAGAAUGGUCCAGAGCACUUUCCGUGUCACAACCCAAAAGGGGAAAUUUGCACAGAUAAACCAAUAGCUGCUAAGAAAGGGAGGAGAGGGAAGCAGAAUAAACGCAGGGCAUCCCAGACAGGCAAUCAUGCUGACUCCAGCUCUGAAUCUGUUGAUGAUCCAAAGAAUCCUUCUGCUCCAUUAAAUACCACAGCAGAUGGAUGGUCAAAGGGGAUUGCGGACAAUUCUAAAACUAAGACAGGCAAAAAGGCAAACAGCAAAGCUUCAUUGUCAGACUGUCAACAGAGGACAUCUGGGACCAGCCAGGCUGAAUCUGGUUCACAGAUGCAGGGGGACGACAGUCCCAGCCCUGAUGUCAAAAGUCCAAGCCAUGAAUACUGCAAUUCUACCAUGCGUACUGCAGACAACCUCAAUGUUGUAUUAGCAAUGAACCAAGAAUUACACCAGGAACAGGAAGUGCUUGAUAACAGACCACUAUCUGAUAGUCAGAGAGGAAUCACAGUGGACAUUAAUGACAACAACAUAGAUAUUGGCCACAGUCCACCUACCCAGGAUCCCAUAUCAUACUCUCUGACUCCACCUUCUUCCUCAACAUCUCCUGUUUCCUCCUCCUCCCCUCUACCUGCCUCAACAGAGCCAGAGAAUGAUCUCCCCACACCCGUGCAGGAAUCCCAACCUGUCCCCUCAGCCAAGCAACAGUCUUCACUGUCCAUGUGCCACACCACCCCUACGCUUUGCGCUACCUCCCCUGCAACACAACAAGCCCCUGAUUCCCAAUUUCCUAACAACAACCUCCAAGAGGUCACUGUUGUCCUUUGUACAUCAGCUACAUCUGCCACAAGUGUCUCUUCACCCUCAUUCUCCACUGCCUUGCCAUUAAGCCUAUCCCAGCCUACCCAGGAGUCAUCUUCACCUGGGUCUGGGACUCUAGAUGCAGCAUGUGUUCCGGUCUCUAUUUCCCAUCCCCAGUCCUAUUCACAGUCUCAGCCUAAUCUCAACAUCCAGCCUCACAAACAAAUCAAGCAAGGUCGGACAUGGAGCACACAAGACAGGUGCAGAGGUCCCAUUUUGGCUGAGGAAGAGACAGACAGUGAGGAUGAUGGUGGACUGCCUCGACGUGGUCACAGAACCCAGCCCAGAGGAGUUGCAGGAAAAAGGAAUGGAUCGAUGCAGAAAGAAUCUGGUCCAUCCAAUCAACGGGAAAUACAACCUUAUUCUGCCCAGAAAAUAACCGACAGACAGUCAGGCUGUCCAAUCAACCACAGCCACAAGAUUUCUGAAGAGAUUGACCUAUCCUUCAAAAACAAUUGUUCCAUAUUGGCUUCCUGUAAUGAGUCUGAGAGUGAGGGGUCAGUGCCUGAGCUGGAGGAGCCGGAGCCACUGAGACCAUCAGAGCCCCCAUCAAUCUCUUCUGCAGAUGAAGGGCUAAACAGACCAAAACAGAGCCGUAGUGAGAAGAAGGCCCGCAAGGCCAUGUCUAAGCUGGGUCUGAAGCCAGUCCAUGGUGUGACCAGAAUCACCAUUAGGAAGUCCAAGAGUAUCUUGUUUGUCAUCAGCAGACCAGAUGUGUUCAAAAGUCCUGCAUCAGACAUUUACAUUGUAUUUGGAGAGGCAAAGAUUGAGGACCUGUCUCAGCAGGCUCACAAAGCAGCUGCAGAGAAAUUCAAGGUGCCUGUGACCUCUUCUCCCUUGACCCCACCUGUCCCACCCAGCCUCACCAUCAAGGAGGAGAGUGAAGAGGAGGAAGAAGAGGUGGAUGACGGAGGUCUUGAGCAGAGGGACAUUGAGUUGGUGAUGGCUCAGGCCAAUGUGUCACGAGCCAAGGCUGUCCGUGCACUGAAACACAACAAGAAUGACAUUGUGAAUGCUAUCAUGGAGCUUACCAUGUGAGUGGUAAGGAUGACUUGACUCCUGGCCCCCUCCUCCAGCCUAUAAAGCCUAAACGCCACUGACUCUUCUGUAUCGCUGCUACUGUAUGUUGCAUCCCCAGUAUCUGCUAAAUAAAGUCUGUUCCAACGUGG